AUGGCCGACACUCCGCCAAAGCUUGGACCAGCACAGCGGAUACACGGUCCAGAAAAGCAGCAUUGGACCCCUUAUUCUGUCGCACCUGUUGGACUCGAUUCCCAUGAUUGCCAAAGACGGAAGCGGCCGCUUUUAGAUGCGGCAGCUCAGGGAUCAAAACAGAGCGCAGCUUUCCCUAACAAUGACGUUGAAUCUGCUCGCUGCCAGCAGCUGGUACUCGUAGGAAGCGGCGUCUUACGUCGAGUUUCGUUCGGAAUCUCUUCUGCCAGUAUACACAAACGUACACUAUCCGAAAUGUCAGACCCAAUACCCAUACCUGCAUCCAAGUCCGAGCCGGCAUUUGAUCCAAAUAGUCUUUCACCUCAAGUCUCUCGAACGGACACCUCUGGUUCACCCCCCGAAGGUAGCAAAACACCUAUUCUUGAUGCCUCGACCCCAGGCAGUCCUCGAAUAUCGAGGAAUCCGUCAUUCUCUGGUAGCAGCUCAUAUCAGGAAGAUUGGGAAGCGUUUCCCCCUUUAGAUAAACUAACAGUGUUCGAUCUGUUGGACAACUUUGCAUUACCACAGCAACUUGAGAAGUUACAAAGGAAUAUCACCGCCCAGACGAUGAAAGUCAAGAAACAGAGAGAUCAGUUGAAAACCAGAGGCGCUCACGCCAAAGAUCGUGUAGUCGAGGAAUGGCGGAGGAGGGUCCCACCAGCCGACGAACAGUUGGACAAAUAUCGGAGAAGAAUGCGCAAGAGUGUGGACAGACUUGGCGAGAGAUGGAAUGAUACCGCUACAGUCACUGCUCGGGAGAAGUUCUCGUUCAUCUGCGGUGUGAUGAAUGUCCUCAUAUCAGGAUACCUCAUUGGCGGAUAUCCCGAAUACUUCCAUUGGUGGUAUACAGGCCAACUCUUCUACUUCAUGCCCAUCCGGUUUUACACCUAUCACAAGAAGGGCUUUCACUAUUUCCUCGCAGAUCUAUGUUAUUUUGUCAAUUUCAUGGUCUUCCUUGCGAUCUGGAUCUUCCCGAACUCGAAAAGGUUGUUCAUAAGCACCUAUUGUCUAGCAUUUGGAAAUAAUGCUGUUGCGAUUGCGAUGUGGAGAAAUUCCUUGGUAUUUCACAGUUUCGACAAGGUUACGAGUUUGUUCAUCCACAUAAUGCCUUGUGUGACUCUCCACUGCCUGGUUCAUCUUAUUGAACCUGCAUUUCAACAGAGUCGAUUUCCAGGAAUAUGGUCCAUCAGGACUUCGCCUGUUGGUUCUAAAGAACAUUACUCACUGCUCGCCAUGACUCUUUGGUCGACCAUUCCAUAUGCUAUCUGGCAACUCUCCUACCACUUCUUGAUUACAGUCAGAAGACGAGAGAAGAUUGCGGCUGGCCGGCCAACAUCCUUCACGUGGCUACGAAAAUCCUACUCCAAGGUCUGGCUCGGCAAAGUUGUACUUUCCCUACCAGAGUCUUUGCAGGAACCCGCCUUCAUGCUGAUCCAGUACUCCUAUGCAGUUCUGACAAUGGCUCCUUGUCCAAUCUGGUUCCACUACCGAUACGCAUCAGCCGCUUUCCUGACAGCAGUCUUCUGCUGGUCCGUUUAUAACGGCGCCACCUUCUACAUCGACGUCUUUGGCAACCGUUUCCAGAAGGAAUUGGAGCAGAUGAAACGUGAAGUCGCCAAAUGGCAGAGUUCUCCGGAUCUGUUGACAAGUCCAUUGAUGACGCCCAGGACGGAAGCAAGUACCGAGUUAGGUGAACAAGUUGAGAAGCUCUCGUUAUUGAAUGAGCAAUUGGGCGCUACUGGUAUUGAUGGUGGCGCGAAGGACGUUGCUAAGGAGAGGAAGAUUGGUGAUUUACCUGCUUAA